AUGAUGGACGAUCCUACUGACGCUUCGAGAAAAUCCAGAAACUGCUCCCCCAGAUUGAACGAACCUCCAACCCCUCCCCCUGAUUGCUCCCCUAGCUUGAGCGAAACCCCAACCGAAGACGAUGAGGAAUUCAUAGAGCGGUGUAAACUCGAAGCCAAGCAAGUCUACGAUACCCUGACACAGAUGGGUGGGAGACCGACUCUUCCGAUCCGAUGCAACCUACACUGGAAGACCGUCCUUUUCGGUGGAGAGCAAUUCUACCAAGAUACUGAAGAAGACGAGGAGCUGUUCUACUAUGGCACUGUUAAACCACGUCGCGCUCCUCAUCCCACGGAGGCUGGCGUUAUUGUGUCGCACUGGGCAGCAGAAAAAAAGCGACUCGAUGAAGAACUACAACGGUGGCAGGAUUUUCUCGAUACUCAGCAAUGGAGACGUGAGCAUCAUCCAGAAUUUGCAAGAGAGGAGGACAUGGAACUACAGCGGUACCCGCACGAUCCACAGCUCACAGCAAGCCUGAAAAAAUUGAAGGACUGGAAAGAGUAUCAGGCCUAUUUUCAAAGGGGAAUCGACCGGUUGAAGAGAGGAAUGGAAGGGGACCGACGAGCGGUGGAGGCAAUACAGCGGAAAGAUCCUGAAGUGGAUUGGAGCACGGGACUGGGAAAAUUCCGUGGGUUGAGCCACGAAGGCUGGCUGGAUAGUAUAGAAAGACGGCGGGAAAAGCUCGCAGCGGAGGAAAAACGGUUGGAAUGGGUCAAGAAGCAGCUUCCAGCGGUUCUUUCGGAAUGCGCUGUGUCACUGAUGGAAUUGCCGGAAUCUCGUCGUCAGAUGGAGGAGAGGAGCGAGAUGGAAGCGAAACAAGUCUAUACUACUUUGGUGGAUACAGGUGGGAGACCAAGCCGUCCGGUCCGGCCUAUGCCUGACAUCCAUGAUGCCGAACGUACGGAUGAACAUAUUCACGCCCUUUGCCACUGGAAAGGUGAAUAUAGCCAGUUCGAGGAAGAAUUGAGGGAAUGGAAGAAAUUUCUGGACUAUCGGCAGAAGAAAGAAGCGGAUGGGAAAACGGAGGUGCAGCUGAAACAACAACAAUGUGCAGAGGGCCCGACCCAAGUGGACCUUUGGAGGCAAUAUCGGUCCUAUCAACAAAUGGAGGUCGAAAACACUAAGCAGUGGGUGGAAUUCUGGCAGCGGCAAGUGAAACACUUCCAGCAAGAAGAGGAUAACUGCGCACUACAAGGGUGGGCAAGUACAGCCGAGCGACACCAUUUCGAGGCUGAAGACGCCCGAUCUUAUGUCGAAGAAGCGCGAAAGCAAGUCGGACCUCCAGAGUCGCGGUUGAAAUGGGUAGAACAACAGCUUUCAGCCCUUCUCGCCGAAUGCGCCGUCUCGACAAUAGAAGUAUCUACAUCAAAUCCUCUCGAGGAUCAAGCCAUGCCACCGAAAAGAGCAUCGAAGUCAAGUCAAACCACGCUCAAGGAUCUCAGAUCCAACCGAUCUAGCAGAUCGACCCUGCGAGGUAAUCAAAAACCGGACAAAAACAAAAAGUGUGCUUCAGCAAAUUCUGUGCUUGGUCCAAUCCAUUCAUCAAAAGUAUCAAAAGCCGCCGGAAGGAAGACACCCCGCCCCCGACGACCGUCAAAGAUCCCCGCAGAGCGUGACGAUGUCCAAAACCAAGGCCUUAACAUAACCAUAUCACCACCUCCGCCUGCCAAUGUUGCUCCGCGCAGAAGCCGCCGGUUAUCUACCAACCAAAAGAGGUUCGGUGCAUUGGAAGCGGAUUUAGCUGCCGAUCUGGGGAGGAAUGCACAACCCCAACCUACCGAGGUCAUGCUGCGCAGAAGCGAUCGGAUAUCGAAACAGAAAGAGAGGAUGAGCACAUCAACUUCUAGUGCGGCGUUGAGCUCAGUCGUGAUCUUGCAAACAGCUCCGUUCCCACGGUCCAAACCUAAAGGUCGCGUUGCAGGCACUAAACCAGACAGGAAAUGGGGGAAACCGCGUGGAAUAUCGAAGACGCAAGGAAGGGAUCUUUCACAGAAGAGGACUAAGAUCCAUACUUAA